AUACAUAGUGUCAUAUACAGGGUUGGUUGCACAGUCUAUGCUGAAGCUGAGUAUUGAGACUUUGGAGGCAGUGAUAUGCUCACAGUGUCUCCCUGCUUUGGUCACUUUCCUCCUGUUUCACAGUGUGCAUUUACCUGAGAUGGAGCUUUUAUGGCGCAUGGUCAUAUAGUAAGUCAUUAGCUCUAUGGGCUACCUCCUGAUGACACUAGAGUAAGAAUUAGGGGAGUGAAAUGUCAUUGUAUUUUGUGAAACAGUGUGUUUUCUGAAAUGUUGUCGCAUUUUGUGAGAUGUUGCGUUUAGACCUUCAGGGCCGCCAUAGUUUAUUUGAGAGUAGAAAUGUUUUAUCUCAUGCGAUCACACAGGCAUAAGGACACACUUUAUAGUGUGUCUACUAUCUAUCUGUGGUUAAUUGCACUGUUUCAGGCUUCAACAACACAGCAAGUAUUUCUUCUGUGAGUUAGAACAUUGGUUGUGUUGAGUCAUGAGUCCAGAUGGUAAAAGCCAGAGAAGCAAGCCUGUAAACACCUCUGGGCAUAUUUUAACACAGCCGUGUUGAAAUGGCACAGUUGUAAAAAAUGUGUGUGGAGUGAGAUGACUGGUUCCGUUGUUCGGGUUGAGUCUGCAGUGUUUAUCGUGAGCAAGAGGAAGGGGUGGUAGAUUAGCUGGUGGAAAAGGGUGUAACUGUUGUGGAGUUCAGGAUACAAGGUUCAUUUAACACGCAGAAAAUCAGGACAAAAUGAAGAGCCUGACUGCCUGCUGUGUGUUCACUUUGGCAUUUCUUCUGAGCUGCACAGAGCAGACUAAGAAACAGCAGACUGCAGUUCCCUCUCAAGGAACAGAAUGCACACAGAUUAAGGCUCUUUCACCACAAGCAUCCAGUGGGGUUUAUGUAAUCCAACCUCCUGGAGUUAAGACCCCAUUUAAGGUCUACUGCAUAAUGCAACCAGAUGGAGGAUGGACAGUGUUUCAGAGACGCAGUGGAGGAGCAGUUUCCUUUAACAUGAAAUGGGCAGCAUAUAAAAAUGGUUUUGGAAACCUGACACAGGACCACUGGCUUGGCCUGAAAAAUGUUUACUCUCUGACCAAGAACAAGAGCAAGAAGUGGAUCAUGAGGGUCGACCUGUGGGAUCAUGAAGGUGGCACUGCUUUUGCCCAGUACAAAAACUUCAGACUGGGCAGUGAGAAAGCAGCUUACAAACUGCACGUCGGGAAAUACAGAGGAAAUGCAGGUGAUGCCAUCCGUGGUGCCUAUGGUGGGAUUGAUCAGAAUGGUUAUGGCUUCAGCACCAUUGACCGUGACAAUGAUGGCUGCUCCCCAUGCAUCUUUGGUGACAUUGCCGAGACUGAAUGUAGCUUUUCAGAAGGUGGUGGCUGGUGGUACAGCCGCUGUGGCUCUGCCAGAUUGAAUGGCGACUGGCAUCCUGCCAGUGACAAUAUUGGUUGGGCGUCAGGCCUCCACUGGGAUACCUGGAAAACUGAUGCUCCUUACUCUGUCAAAGCUACCAGAAUGAUGAUCAAGUCUGUGUGAUUUAACUUCAUGCUCCCUAUUCUCUUUCUUUUAUUUCUUUAUCUCUUCAUAUCAGAAAAAGUAACUGCUCUUGAAAAGAAGAUAUCUAAAAUAGAAAUUUAGCUGAAAAUUAUACGGAAAUUUGUUUUGUGCCAGUGUUCAAUCAGGUUAUCACUGAGGUAGUCCUGUAA